CUCCGCUCCUCCGCACCUGUGCCAGACUGUGGAGUUCCCCGAUUCACAACCUGGGAGUCAAGGUCAGCGAUCCCAGUGAUUGCUGACCUUUUCCUCCACGCCGGGCUCUGCUCUCCACCAACUAAUCCCGGGGCCGACCAGCCCCUGACCUCGCAGCCCGCAUGAGAAAUUGGGGGGUGAGUGAGGAUCCAGGUGGCCCCUGCGUGACGCCCAGUAAAGAUUCUCAGCCUUUCCUGUUCGGGAAAGGGAAGGAAUGCGGGAGGGGUAGGAUUUCUUUCCUGAUAGGAUCGGCAGGGAAAGACCGCAGCCUGCGUGUCCUUCCUUUCGACCAUGGUGUCUCUAUUGCUCCGUAAAUAAAACGUCCCACGGCCGUGCGCGAGAGCUAUAAAGGCAGCGGGACAGCGGUCCGCGGGGCAUUCGGGGCGCGGAGCGAGCGGAGCAGGUCAUGGCUGGGCCGGGAGGCAGAUCCGAGCCGCCGCAGCUCCCCGAAUACAGCUACAGCUACGUGGUGUCGCGGCCGGUCUACAGCGAACUCGCCUUCCAGCAAAGGCACGAGCGGCGCCUGCAGGAGCGCAAGACGCUGCGGGAGAGCCUGAGCGAGGGCUGCAGUUGUUCGAGAAAGAGAGCCUUCGGUGUGCUGAAGACCUUCGUGCCCAUCUUGGAAUGGCUCCCCAAAUACCGAGUCAAGGAGUGGCUGCUCAGUGACAUCAUUUCGGGAGUUAGUACUGGACUAGUGGCUACGCUACAAGGGAUGGCGUAUGCUUUACUAGCUUCAGUUCCUGUUGGAUAUGGUCUCUACUCUGCUUUUUUCCCUAUCCUGACAUACUUUAUCUUUGGAACAUCAAGACAUAUCUCAGUCGGACCUUUUCCAGUGGUCAGUUUAAUGGUGGGAUCUGUUGUUCUGAGCAUGGCCCCCGAUGAAAACUUUCUCGUAUCGAGCAGUAACGGAACUGUGUUAAAUACUACCACGGUAGACUCUGAAGCUAGAGAUGCAGCAAGAGUGUUGAUUGCGAGCACCCUCACUCUUUUGGUUGGAAUCAUACAGUUGAUAUUUGGAGGUUUGCAGAUUGGAUUCAUAGUGAGGUACUUGGCAGAUCCUUUGGUUGGUGGAUUCACAACAGCUGCUGCCUUCCAAGUUCUGGUUUCACAGCUAAAGAUUGUCCUCAACGUUUCAACCAAAAAUUAUAAUGGGGUUCUCUCCAUUAUCUACACUUUGGUUGAGAUUUUUCAAAAUAUUGGUAAUACCAAUCUUGCUGAUUUCAUUGCUGGAUUACUCACCAUUGUCGUCUGUAUGGCAGUUAAAGAAUUAAAUGAUCGAUUUAAACACAAAAUCCCAAUCCCUAUUCCUAUAGAAGUAAUUGUGACAAUAAUUGCUACUGCCAUUUCAUAUGGAGCCGACUUGGAAAAAAAUUACAAUGCUGGCAUUGUUAAAUCCAUCCCAAGGGGGUUUUUGCCUCCCGCACUUCCACCUGGAAGCCUGUUUUCUGAGAUGCUGGCUGCAUCGUUUUCCAUCGCCGUGGUGGCUUAUGCCAUCGCAGUGUCCAUAGGAAAAGUGUACGCCACCAAGUACGAUUACACCAUCGACGGGAACCAGGAAUUCAUUGCCUUCGGGAUCAGCAACAUCUUCUCGGGAUUCUUCUCUUGCUUUGUGGCCACCACUUCCCUGUCCCGCACCGCUGUCCAGGAGAGCACGGGAGGAAAGACACAGAUUGCUGGUAUCAUCUCAGCUGGGAUUGUCAUGAUCGCCAUUGUGGCCCUGGGGAAGCUUCUGGAACCCUUGCAAAAGUCGGUCUUGGCAGCUGUUGUAAUUGCCAACCUGAAAGGGAUGUUUAUGCAGGUGUGUGACGUUCCUCAGCUGUGGAGGCAGAAUAAGAUUGAUGCUGUUAUCUGGGUGUUUACGUGUGUAGUGUCCAUCAUUCUGGGGCUGGACCUUGGUUUACUCGCUAGCCUUAUAUUUGGACUAUUGACUGUGGUCUUGAGAGUUCAGUUUCCUUCAUGGAAUGGCCUUGGAAGCAUCCCUAGCACAGAUAUCUACAAAAGUACCAAGAAUUACAAAAAUAUUGAAGAACCUGAAGGAGUGAAGAUUCUUAGAUUUUCUAGUCCUAUUUUUUACGGCAACGUGGAUGGUUUUAAAAAAUGUAUCAAGUCCACAGUUGGAUUUGAUGCCAUUAGAGUAUACAAUAAGAGGUUGAAAGCACUGAGGAAAAUACAGAAACUCGUAAAAACUGGACAAUUAAGGGCAACAAAGAAUGGCAUCAUAAGUGAUGCUGGUACACCGAAUAAUGCUUUUGAGCCUGAUGAAGAUAUUGAAGAUCCAGAAGAACUUGAUAUCCCGACCAAGGAAAUAGAAAUUCAAGUGGAUUGGAACUCUGAGCUUCCAGUGAAAGUGAAUGUUCCCAAAGUGCCAAUCCAUAGCCUUGUGCUUGACUGUGGAGCUAUAUCUUUCCUGGACGUUGUUGGAGUGAGGUCAUUGCGGGUGAUUGUCAAAGAGUUCCAAAGAAUCGACGUGAAUGUGUACUUUGCAUCACUUCAAGAUCAUGUGAUAGAAAAGCUGGAGCGGUGUGGAUUCUUUGAUGACAACAUUAGAAAGGACACAUUCUUUUUGACUGUCCACGAUGCUAUACUCUAUCUACAGAACCAGGUGAAAUCCCAAGAGGGUCAAGAUUCCAUUUUAGAAACGAUCACCCUCAUUCAAGAUUGUGAAGAUCAUCUUGAAUUAAUGGAAGCGGAGCUGAUUAAAGAAGAGCUUGAUGUCCAGGAUGAGGCAAUGCGUAAACUUGCUUCCUGAAAUCGGGCUCAGGAGGUCUCUAUGAGCAAGGACUGCAAGAUAAAACUGACCCACCAAUAUCAUUCUAUGCAAACAUUUUCUAUAUUGACUAUUUCUUCAGUCUUGAAACACUCAUUCUUUUUCUAUAACAUUUUUUUAAAUCUUUGAUUUUUUUAAACCCCUUAGCCGUUGAAAGAGAAGCACUAAAAUUGUUCCUACACUUUAUUUAUAAAAUAAACAGCUUGCUUCUAAAAUGUGCAAAAUGGUGAGGAGAAUUAUUCAGGUCAUUUAGCAAUGUCCAGAUCUGCUGAUGUUUUAAUAUGCCGUUGAUCCCUCACGACAGAUUUGCUAACAGUGUUCAUGUGGGUACUGGCGUGUCUCUGUUCAGCUGGAGUGAGUGCUGACCCAACAGCCUGUGGUCAGGUGAGUCAGGAAUGACUAACCAUAGAGAAAAAUCAGUCUUUGACAGAACUUGAUAGCCAUGAGCUGCGCUGAUCACAGGGUCACCCUCAGUAAAUGCUAAAAUGUGAUGAUUCAGUAAAUGCUGCACUGGUCACAUUCAGUAAAUGCUGAAAUGUAAUUAGUAAUGCAUUUGUCAACCAAAACCUGCAAAAAUCACUUUGGGGACGUAAUUCAAAAGUUUUUAGAAUGCAAGUUUGGUUAGUACUUAAUAAUGAAGUGUUAUUAUACGGUAACCAGAUAUAUAACUAGAAUUCAGGAUCCCUUUGAUCCUGGAAAUGGUUUACUUAAAAGCUACAGAACUAGGCUGAUACAUUUUAGAAACACUGAUGCAGAGAAAUGAAUCAAUGAGAUUUUUGUGGUUUAUAGAAAUCAUGUUUUGAUAUGAUAAUCAUGGAUCACAGUUGAGAUCAAAGCAAAUAUAUGACAGAUUAUUUCUACUUUAAAUAUAAAGUUUUAAUUUACCUUAGUCUAUAGAAAUGAUCGUUGCAUAGAGGUAUAUAUAGCUAUGGUCUAUUUAGAAUCUGAUAUGAAAACGGUACUGUUUUGAGCAAAAAAAAUUUGGUAUGUUUGUAAGACUGUAAUGAUUAAAAUGAGUUUAUAUUUUUUCCGUAAAAUUUUGGCAGUAUGUUUGCAUCCAUUAAAGUACCAAGAAAAAUAAAUAAAUAAAGUAGAAUUUUAGCAGUAUGUAAUCUUUAACUGAAUUCUGACCACUUUUCAAAAAAAAUCUAAAAGUGAACUGCCUAUGGGAGUCUAUGUUUAAAAUGAAUUUUUAAAGACAAAGCAAUUCUAUAUAAACAUCAUAUAAAAAAUUGAUUUGGAAUAUAUAUUGAAAAUACAUAGGUUUUUUAGAAGUCCAUAUUUUAAGCCAAAAAUUUUUAUUUUAGAUCUUUUGUUUUUACUUAGUCUUUUCUGAGUGCCAACAGUUUUCUAGGUAUUAUGUAUCACAUGUGGGCUUUGGUCUUAAUGGACUAUUUCCAUAUAUGUCAGACUGGAGUGAAUGAAGUACUUCAUUCUAGAGAAAAAUAAAUACCCAGGUUUCCAGUCGACAAUCUCUUGCUUGAUUGAGAACUACUCUUGGUAUAUUCAGGGGAUUGGUUCCAGGACCCCGACAUAUACCAAAAUCCACGCACACUCAAGUUCUUUAGUAGGCCCUGUGCAAAGGUAGAAUGUCUUAUCUCUGUUUUUCUUACUAAACACAAUCAGAAACACUGCAUCUACUUCUGAAGCAUAUCAAAUUGUUUGAUAUCUGGUCACAGCAUAACCAGGAUUAUAUUGCUGGCUAUCUACAGCAAUACCUACUUAUUAUUGUUAAUAUAAUGGCAAUAAAUCAUAUAUCUGAAGAGUAUGUAAUAGUCUUGCAGAAAACGAAUGAAUACCUCUGUUCAAUAAAGGCAAUAUGUACUGCUCAUUUUUUUCUUAAAGGAAAUACCAAAGUUACAUUUUACAACAAGGCUAGAGUUUUGUAAAUUUUGGGUCCAUUUGUGACUAUAUGAGACCACAGUUUAACUUGUUCUCAAGCACACUCUGGAAUACUGUCUACUUUAUGAAUUUUGUGAAUAUAAGCAUACUUUUAAUUCUGUAUUGUCAAUGGAAAUUUUACUUUAAAGCUGUCUUUUGCUAUAUUUUUAACCUGUAGAAUAAGAUUUCAAUAUUGUAUAUGAGUUUCAAUAACUGAAAAAAAAUCAAAUCAUGUACAUUUGGAAAUAUUUGCACAUAUUUUUAAAUAAAUGUAAAGUUGCCUUUUAAACUACUCAGAUGUAUCCUUUCUGAAUAAAACUAUUAAAUAUAAUAAAAAAUGAGCCUGGUAUGGUGGUACACACCUGCAGUCUCAGCUACUGGGGAGGCUG